UCAGUGUUCAUCAACACUACUACAGAUUAGAGUAAAUGUUUUUUCUUUCACCUUCCACUAAAGACAACAACACAACAAAUACCACACUGUCCUCUGCAAAAACCUCAAGCCCACCAUUCACUAUUUUCCCUUCAUCUUCUUCCUCACCAUUAAAAAAAUACCAAUCUUGCAUUAUUACCACUCACCCAUGUUCAAAACACAGCCAAAAAAUGGACAUAGACAGACCCCAUUAUCGUAGCAACAGCAAUUCCAACAGCACCAGUACUAACACUACUACCAGUGAGCUUUUUAUUUGCUUUACUUCACGUUUAUCUUCGUCCUCCUCCAUGAAAAUCUCUUCUAAAUCCAUUCUUAGCCCCGGCCGUUGCUCACGGGAACCCACAUCUCAAAUCUCCCUCUCUACUUCUCUUAGCAGAAGGUUAAGAACUAACGGUAGCAUGAAAGGUGGCCAAGGCCAAGCUUCUCCUAUGUUUCCUAGUACCAAAAAAAGAGGGUGUUAUGAGAAUCCUGAACCCUCUUCGCCUAAGGUGACUUGUAUUGGUCAAGUUAGGGUUAAGACCAAGAAACAAGGUAGGAAAAUGAGGAUUUCAAGAUCUCAAAGACAAGGUGGCGAGGUGAGUUUUAGGAGAGUAGAUAAUAAUAAUAAUAAUACCCGUCAAGAAACUAAUAGUACCCGUCAAGAAAACAAUAGUACCCAUCAAGAAAAUGUUCAGCAAGAGUGUUUGCAGCAAAGGAAUCAGAAAUGGGUGCAUUUUCCUUUGACUAUAUGUGAAGCUUUGAGAGCUUUUAGCUCUGAGUUUAACUGCUUUAUUCCUUGUCGGUCUUCUUGUUUGUCCAGUGAGAAAGAUAAUAAACAAGAAAAGAUUUCUUCUAUUGGUGGUAAUGUUGGUAAUGGUAACGUUUCUAGCAAUGGAAGUAGGUCUUGCGGGGCAGUGUUUGCGCGGUGGUUGGUGGCUGUGCAAGAGGGUGAGCAUGAAGUUAAGACGAGGGAGAUAGAGCUGGUGGUUGGCGAAGAAGACGAGGAAAAGGAGGAGGAUUUUACGGAGAGGCGGAGGAGUUAUAGGAGGCAUGUGUUUGAGGAGAUUGAAUUUAGUGAUGAGAAAUUUGGAGGUGGUGAUGAGAAGGUGGAAGAAGAUGAUGAGGAAGGUGGUAGGGUUAGUAUUUGUGUUCCACCUAAGAAUGCUUUGCUUUUGAUGAGGUGUAGAUCUGAUCCUGUUAAAAUGGCUGCUCUUGCUAAUAAGUUUUGGGAGCCAUCUGUUAGUAAUGAUGGUGAGGUUAAUGAAGCAGCAGAAGAACAAGAAGAUGGUGAUAAUAUUGAGGGUAAAAAAGAAGAGAUGGGUAGUAAUAUUUGUGAUGAUAGUUGUGUAGAAGUUGAGGAAAUAAAAGUUGGUGAUCAAGAAAUGGUGCAAAGUGAGGAUUUGAUAGAGUUGGUUGCUUGUGAGAAUGAUGAAAAUGAAGCUAUUUUGGAGGAACAAGAAGAUGGUGAUGGAGAGGUUAAUCAAGAAUCAAGAAAUGGUAUUGAUGGUGUUCAAGAAGAGCAAACAGAAAUUCAAGAAACUCUUGUGGAGGGUUUGGUUCAAGAAACUGAAGAAAUUCAAGAAAAUGAAGAGAAUAUGGAUCAAGAAUCUGAAAAAAUUCAAGAAAAUGAAGAGGGGAUGGAUCAAGAAACUGAAAAAACUCAAGAAAAUGAGGAGGGUAUGGUUCAAGAAAAUGAAUACAUUCAAGAAAAUGAAAAUGUAAACGGGUCUAUAAAUCAAGAAUUAGAGGAAGUUGAAGCAGAAGUUCAAUCGGACGAACAAAAUAAAGAGUUAGCAAUUCAACAAGAGAUUGAAGCAACACAAAAUAGCUGCAAUGUUCAAGAACAAAACCAAGAACAGCAAGAAUCAUUAUCCAUUCAGGAACCUGAACCCGACCCGGAAGAGGGACCCGAACCCGAAGAUCUGAAAACCCAAGAAGAGGAAACGGGUAUGAAGUCAAAGGAGAGAGAAAGUCAACAGUCUUUACUACCAGAUUGCUUGCUGUUAAUGAUGUGUGAGCCCAAGCUGUCAAUGGAGGUAUCCAAGGAAACUUGGGUUUGCAGUACGGACUUCAUCCGAUGGUUACCAGAGCCUUCAAGGCCUCCCCAGGUCAAGAAAAAGGACGGUGGAGAUCAACCCAAGAAGAGGCUCAGCAUUGACGGUAACAGUAAUUAUAAUAACAAUAAGCACAGUAAUAGUAACAGUAAAAGUAAUAAUCCUCCACUACAAGGUAACUUUCAUCAGCCACCUAGAUCUUCUUGUUAUUAUCCUGGUAAGCCACCCGCUCGUGCGGCUGGAGCCGAGUCGAUGACUAAAGCUAUUGAGAAGAAGCUGGUCGGAGUCAAGGCUUACGAGCCAUUUAUGCUUAAACGAUGCAAGUCGGAGCCAAUGAGGUCUGCGGCUAAGCUUGCACCCGAGGCUUGUUUUUGGAAUAAUAGGAAGCUUGAGCCGCAUCCUCCGGCGGCUACACUUGGAGUUGGCGCGGCUGGGGUUGGGUGUUGAGUGUUACAUUUAGAUUAGAAGGAGAUAGAUUGGUGUGUGGUAAGUUUGUAAUAGUAAAACUGUAGUUUUGUAGUUUGUUUUAUAGUGACUUUACUGCUCUGUCAUCAUUGUAUAUCUUAAUUUUUGUCACUAGUUAAGCAUAUUCUUUAUGGUAA